AUGGAGUAUCAACAAACAUUACCAACCGACAAGUUCCAGCACUCGCCGGCCGAGUCUCUAAUGUCAAUUCCAGGAGACAGUCUCACAUCACUGUUCGACGUCACCACUCCUAGUGCCACUUCAACCAUGAACCCAAUGGAGAUGAUGACUCCCAAGUCUUUCACCGAGGACCAGAUCCCCUCAUCACUACCCAGGAUCAAGCAAGAAGAGGGCGUAUCAACCCCAUCACCAUCACCCGGCCCUGAGAAGAAGACGGCCAAGAAGCGAAAGUCAUGGGGCCAGGUCCUACCUGAGCCCAAGACAAACCUACCUCCUAGAAAGCGAGCCAAGACUGAGGACGAGAAGGAGCAACGUCGCGUUGAGCGAGUUCUUCGAAAUCGCCGCGCUGCACAGUCUUCGCGCGAACGCAAGAGGCUAGAGGUAGAGGCUCUCGAAAAGAGAAACCAGGAACUCGAGCAAGCUGUUAUGGCUGCUCAGCAAGCCAAUGCCAAACUCAUGAUGGAACUGGAGCAGAUUCGUCGCUCUGGUGGCGUCUCAUAUCCUCCAUCUGUUUUGGACUCUUUCCGAGUCAACCCUUCACUAUCGCGGGAGCUCUUUAGCGAGCCUAUUGAUGGCCUAGUCUCCUCUAGCACAACUGUCGACCCAACAGCACUUUCCCCAGUUCUAUCACCAGUAGCCGAAUCGGCUGAAGAGAUCGCCGAACAUGAGCCAUCGAAUGAGGUCAAGCUGGAACCUACUGAAAGCACCUCUCCCGACCUGACACAACUCGGCGGAGAUGCCCAAGUCGUUCCCAGCGCCGCCAACCUCGAUGCCGCCAACCUCGGUCUCGCUCCCGCCCUUCCAGGCGAUGCUGCUUUCAGCCUUGGCAACUCUGACCUUCUGCCAACGCCCCUUGACACAGAUCGCUAUGUCCUUGAAAACGGGUAUCUCUCUUCAUCCGACUCCUCAAUUGUUGGCGACGAUAAUAUGGCUGGUGACGCUCCCGCGUUCGGCCUCCACGACGACUUCGACCUCAGCCUUUGGCUCAACGAAGACAACACCAUCUCGUCAGAAUCUAUGGCAACGAGCGACUUCGCCGCUGCGAUCCAGGGCCUCGAGCCCAAGAUCUACGAACCUGAGAAUCAAAUCUCUUCGGAAAAUCCUAACCAGCAGCCCCAUCCUGGCGCGUCCUCUCAUGGAUGCGACGUUGGUGGCAUUGCGGUUGGUGUCUGA